AUGACGUCACUUGAAUUAUUCGAUAAACAAAAUAGAAUACAACGUCGACCAGAAUUGGGAGAUAUGAUUGAAUUUAACCGAAAACGUUAUUGUCAUUGGGGAAUAUAUGUUGGCGAUGGAAAAGUAAUUCACAGAUGGGGUGAAGGUAUCAAUAAAUUACUUUCAAAUCCACAAGCAAUUAAAGUGAACAAUUUAUUAACAUUUUCUGGUAAUGUAUUAUUUAAUAAUGUCGCACGGAUUGAAGAACGUACUUUGACAAACAAUGAUAAUAUUUGUAUUAAUAAUUAUCUUGAUCAUGAACUAAGGUAUAUACUGUUGUUCUAG